UUUCACGAUUUGCCAAUUUCCAAUUGUUGCAUUUCCGACAAGGACAGAACAUUUUACAACUUUUUUAGGUGAGCGGUGUGGAAUCUGCUUGAUGUAUGUCUCCAGUCCCGUAAGGUAUUCUUUCGUCACUCUCCUGUUACCAUCUCUAUGCAUAUACAUCCAUCUCCGCAACUCGAAAAUAUUCCCGGAGUCCGACAUUUUUUUUUCUUUCACGUUUUUUUUCUUGUUGGUGUGUUCAAAAUGAUGUUCAAACGUCCAUAUUUAUAAGAAAUUUUUGAGUCUGGUAGUUGUAAUUUUUCUAGGAAUUUACGACAAAAUUUAGUUAAGUGGCCGAAAAAACGUGUUAGAACUACAAAGUUGGUGGAUUCAAAAUUUCCUCGCUAAGUAGACGUAAAAUAUUUCCUCGUAAAGUACACGCUACAUUUACGUUGAGUUUACGAAGAAAGCGUAUUUCCUUGUAAAAGCCACGUGAAGUUACAUCGACUUUACGAUGAAAUGAUUUCGUCGUUAUUUUACGACGAAAUAACGCUGAUUUUAUAUUUCCUCGUAAGUUUUUCGUAAAGUGGACGUAAAUUUACGAGGAUUACUUUUUUCGCUAAAUUUCCUCGCUAAACUUGUGUUUUCUUGUAGUGAUUGUUUCACAAUAUUAUAUACUAUACUUCAUAGGUGAAGUGAAAUGGACCUCAAAAUCUAUUUAUUAUAUUUUUGUUUAUAAAGAAAAUGAGUGAUAGCCUAAGUUACAGAAAAGAAAGAAACUGAGUGUUAAACCUUUAAGCAAAAAAAAAAAGAGUGUCAUGGAAAACGAACCCGACACUUUAUCGGAUCCGACGCAACGAUGCAACUUUCAUUUUAAAUAUAUAAGCCAAUCGAUAAAAAAUACUAAAAGUUAAUAGACGCAUUUGCAUUCUAGGUCAACUCUCAUGAAUCUAAGAACUAUGGUCCGAAUGGUGAUCGCGGGUUGAGUGGUGCGGGACAAGCGGUUUAAUUGCGGUGCGGUUCUAACAGUUAUAAAAAUGUAUAGAUAUAAGGUAUAUAUAAAAAAUUUUGUUACUGUAGUUGAGGGGCGAGACGGGAAACUGGUUAGCAUUUGAAGUCUAUAUCUUAUUGGUUUUUCUUUUCUAUUCUGAAAGUACAUUUCUCAUUUUGGUAAAUUAGAUCCGGUAGCCACCAAAAACUUUGUUAUAAUUCACAGACUAGUUUGUUGCUAAAAAAAAAAAAUUCACAAACUAACCAAAAAGUCAAAAUAAUAUUUUUGUAUAUUAUAUUUUUUUCUCUUUCUUCUCUAUUAGUUAUAUUUCUUCUUUCUUUUCUUUUUUGUUCUUUUAUUUUUAUGUUAAUAGGAUUUAGUAUUUAGAAGGUUGGAUUUGAUUAGAAUUUGAAGUAAAGUUUAUGAUUAUAAUAUUUAUGGAGUUUCUAUUAAUUAACUUUACAUACUAUUUUAUAUGAUGUUUAACUUUAUUACUUACGUAUAUAAAUGGAAUAGAACAUCUAUUUGUAGAGAAUCUAUACUAUGUAUUCUACAUGAAAAGUAAACUUUUUAUUUUGUCUUCAUCAUUGUUUGUCGUCUGCAUCGUUGUUCUUCCAUCUUCUGUUUAAGAAAUAGAACUUCUGUAUGUGGUAAUUAGUUAAAUAUCGUUAUUUUAUAUGCAUCAUUUAACUUUCAAUAUUGUAAUUUUUAUCUUGUUCGAUCCAUAGAUCUUCUUAAUCGUCGAAGAUAUUAUUUUCUUUCUCUCUCUCACCGGAAACUUGAAAAUAAAAUGGGUAAUACCGGAUAAAAAUUGUCAACAUUGUUAUGGAUUUAAUUAUGUCAAAAUCAAUGUUAUAUUCUUAAUUUUAUGAGAAUUUGGUUAGUUCGCAAAUUCACCCUUUCAUUUUUUGUGAAAAAGAAGAGAAAAAAAAAUGAUUCUCAUUUGAGGCUGUGCAAUAUUCUUGACCAUAAGAUUGUCGAGAUUAUCCCAAACUCAGAGUAUAUAAAAGAUGUGAGUAUGACAAACUUACAAGCUGAAGAGGUCCAUGAAGUUGAGAGUUCAACUGAUAUCGUUGUUCCAGUUUGUCACAUUGAAUCAUCUACCGCUGAACUUGGUGAUGCAUUGGGUUGGAAGGCUUUUGGUGAUCUCUUCCUCUUUGUGUUGCACAAAGGUGAUACUCUUCAAGAGAUCAAGAUAUGUAUCCAACAAGAGCUUCACGUUGGAAAUGAAGAAUUUACCAAGGUUUAUAUAUAUAUAUAAGUGAAAUGUUUAUAAUUGUGAAGGAUAUGUACUUGUAUUUUAGGCGAUCCUCACACGCAAGAAUGUUGAUUUUAGGUUGUGUUCAGUGCUUUUUUUUUAAUUAUAUAUAUAUUAUUAAAACAUA